UGAAAUUGAGUUUUCCUUCUCUUUUUCAAGAAAACCUCCAAAUGCUUCUCCGAUCAUCUCCUCCGCUACAGACUCAGCUGUCCUCAUUUCAUCUCAAUUUCUAGGGUUCAAACCCGAAUUAAUCUCUACUAAAUCACCCGCAAUGGCCGAAGAAAUGAAUCACUCUCAAUGUCUUAGAACUAUGGCGGCUGAACUCUAAAGCCGCCGCGGCCAGAUUCGAAUCCGACGCGAAGGUGACCGGAGCAGUACAGAGGCUGGAUGAUGAGGAGAAAGAGGAAAUCCCGACGGAGAUAGACACCGUGAAAUGCUCCGGCGGGUUCUCGGUGGUGAUAGUUUAUUAAUAUCAUAGAAGUGGAUUUUAUCUCUUGCAUGGGUUUACAAGCCUUCUUUUCUAUUUAGAGGGUGUUUGGGAGUGUGUUUGAAAAGAACUUUUGAGCUUGGACUUCAUUGAAACACAAUUUUAAGUGUUUUCCAAUCAGCUUCAGAUUAUGGAUUGUGGUUUUAGAAGUGUAAAUUAUGCUCUAAAAGUGAUUUUCGCCAAAGCUCGGAGUAAUUGCUUUCCACUUCUGAUUUAAGACAUAUGCUUUUUCAAGACUCACCGCACUCACAGACACUGCCUCCCUAUUGUCCCAAAUUAAUCUUAGCUUUUCCCUUUAUGGUCCUUUGUGAUUCAUCUCAAGGAAACAAACAUUUGGUCCAAUCGUUUGAUGUUGCAUUUUUUGUCUUUCCUUAAAAGAUAAAUCCCAACCAUACAAAUUCUCGUUUCCUUAUAAGUGUGUGAAGUCCAAAUAUCAAAAUUUAACCUAGGAUGGAGUACCAUUUAACCAACAUCUAAGUCCAAGCAUAGACAUCAUAUAUGUUGUUCUAGUAAAUAGGAUAUGGCUCUAACAUCCUAAAAUCUUAUAUGUUGUUCUUUUAACAGGGUCAUUCUGUUUAUUUCGUUCAUCAACGAUCUAAUCGUGCUGCCGUGUCCGAGUGGUUAGCAUUUGGUUUAUCUUUUUCCACUUUGGUGUUAUUACAAUAGGCCUUCACUUGCAGUUGGGAAGCAAACAGUUAUGGGUAUCAUGGUGAUGAUGGGUUGCUUUAUCGGGGGUACGGGAAGGGGGAGGCAUUUGGCCCAACUUAUACAGCCGGUGAUACUGUUGGCGGAGGCAUUAAUUAUGCAUCACAGGAACUCUUUUUCACGAAAAAUGGGACAAUAGUAGGAACAGUUUCGAAGGAUGUAAAAGCACCAUUAUUUCCAACCGUAGCUGUUCACAGUCAAAAUGAAGAGUAUGAAGAACAUUCAUGGUUACGGUGAACUUCGGAAAAGAUCCAUUUGUAUUCGAUCUAAAGAAUUGUUCGCUCCUACUUGCAACAUUAUGGCUAUGAAGCUGCAAAUGUUUGAUAUCAAGGUGAAGGCUUCCAUUUACGCCGCAUUCGUUACAAUGGUAAGAAUGAGGUUUAAAAGCUUCUCUGCAGGGGCCAAACAUUAGAUUUGUUUAAACCAUUUUAGUUUCAGGUUUUCUUGAUCAGAACUAUAGGUGUACAGUUUCCUUUUCUUCUUCUUUUUUUGUGGGGGAUUAUAUUGUGUGUGACAUUACAAGAAUCUACUCCAACUUUUGAAUUGAUUAGCUCAUUUGUGCCUUGCUUUGUUAAUUU